AUGCCCCAACCCCUCGACCCUCAAAUGCACCACAACCUCCUCCCUCCCCCCACAACUCCACCCAUACCGCGUGACAUUCCCGCCCUCCAGAACUUGCGUCGAAGGCGUCUCCACCCCGCGCAAACCCCCUGGCCCCGUGGCGGAGGACGAGCAGUUGUUCAAGAGGGCCAUUUGGGACAUCCAGGCUGGGAGGGGGAUGCUGUUUGUGUUGGAGCCGUUGUACGCGAUGAUGCGGUCGGAUGUGCCGUGGAUUUCCAUGUACGGGACAUUUCCUCCCCCGGUGCAGGCUUCGCCAAACAAAGGCUCCGUGAGCUCAUCAUCAGGAUAAUACGCCCCCGCGACGCCCGCGAGCGCCGCGAAGCGGUUCCCGAGGCUUUCGUUGCAAGCCAGCAAGCCCGUGAGCCCGCCGCCGUUGGAGAAGCCCGCGGCGUAGAUGAGGGCGGUGUCGAUGCAGAAGGUGUCCUCGAGGGCGUCGAGGAGGUCGGACGUGAAUUGUUGGUCGUUGAUCGUGGUGGAGGGGGACCGGCGGGGUCGCCGAGGAAUUGGUUUUGGUGGCCGGCGGGGUAG